AUGCUCCUCUUAAAGCUAAGCAUUCUGGCUAUAGCCAUCGCCACCGGCGCCCAGGCUGCCGCCACCCCCGAAAACGGCAUCAUCAGCGCCCGGGAUGCCAGUGCCCCGGAAUAUCAUCCUAACGUGAAAGACCCGGGCGGCCUCCCCCCGUGUCACGGCACAGCCGUCGCUCGCCGUCUCGCCCGGGACGACCCUCGCUCUCCCGAUCUCGAAAUCCGGGACGGCAACGAUGCGUCCUCGGGCCCAAUCGUCCGUACUGGCAAGCGUGCUACUUACCCGUCCAACUACAUUCCCGCCAAGUGCAACCAGCAGGGCUUCAACUGCGUCUAUGCCCAACCGGGCGUUUCGUUCGCCGGCGGCCCAAGCCCCGUAGAAUCAUACAAGCGUGAAGACAAAACCCAAGUCCUAGUCUUCAAAUACUGGCAGCAGGAGGUCAUGUUCACGGCCAACGGCGGCACGACCGUGGCCUACCUGGCCCACGACACCAUCUGGACCUGCGCGAAGGGGCUGAUGCACGCCAAGACCAUCGUCGCGGGAGGGGACGUCAGAGGUCCUAGCGACACAGACCUGUACAACUGCGUCUGCACUUAUGUGUUGAGCGAUGACCUGGUCAUCUGGCCGAGCUGA